AUGUCCGGGAGCAGUCUAACUACAAUAUAUCUCUUUUUACUUCAAAUCCUGAUAGCACAGAACAGCUUUGCUUGGCAGCAAAUCAAUAUCGAAACUGGUGGAGAGGACUGGUUCCGUAGUUCUGUUGCCGCGAGUCCAGAUUAUUAUAGGCACAGCAGCUAUUCUGAUCUUUCUCAGUGCUAUAGAACUCCAAAGGCGCAGCCGAUACACCUCAAAGGCCUAGCUAUUUGGAACCGACACAGUUACGACCAAAGCCCGGAUAUCCGCUCCGUGGGAUUUUACAACAACUCGAAUUGCAAUAGGUUGACUCAAGGAAAUGGGAAAUAUGAGAUUAGGAGCGUUCCGUAUGCGAUAGUCACGCUUGACCCUGAGAAACUCGCAGGUGUAAGUAUCGUCGAUUUGACCGAUACAGGGAUCGAAGUCUUUGCUAGUUCUUGGAAAGCCAUCGAUAUAGAGAGGGAGCGACAAACCGGAGGCAUUCUGGUCGAUGUACCCGAUACAAUGCUGAGCGAUUCGGUAUUAGUUUGGCGUGGGGAAGGCGACUCAGAAGUUCCAGCGGGACAGCAAGGUUGGGAACCGCUUACGGGCGGAGUCACACAUAUAGAUCCAGGCCUAUGGAGUUAUUUGACAGGCUCCAUGCUAAAUUUAUAUCUGAGAGAAAUGGCCGAAAGAGUCUUAAACCCUGGGUGGGUUGAAAUCCCGGGGGCACUGGAAAAGUCCAUCAGUAGGCUGAUGAAUCCAUACAUCAGUUUGAGGAAUAACGAAGUCGUUAAGCUUAUGCUUGGUGAAGCCCUCAGGAACGGACUUCAAAGGCUACUAGAGUUGCCUUAUGUAUCAAUGGAAUGGGCAAGACCUUACUCUGUUCAUCCCUUCAUUGAUGUCAAGUCAUUAUCUGGUAUUGAGUUUCUAGGACGAACCGGGCCCGGGCAGCUUAAUGCCAUAGAAAGACGACGUGGGGGAUCUCUGACGCCACGGCGUACUCCUCAAGAAGUCCAGCUCGACCUCUCUCUGGCAAGUAUCAUCUCAGAACCACUAGCAAAUUUGAAGACAAACAAACCGUCCCAAUCGGCCGUAGAAAAUAGCUUGGCUGCAUCGGGAAAUAGACAUUGGUGGAUGGGAGGAAUAAUAGCACAGUGGGAGUAUAUGACCUCGGUUUUGCUAGAAGCCCGCAGACAAUAUAACCAACUUGAAUUUGGAUCACCGAAUAGAGGCCCGCAAGGACAAUUGCAAAUUGCAAAUCAAGCGGAACCCCAAAGCAAUAUCAUAGAUAUAGAGUAUCCCGAAGCUCCGCCAGAGCGGCGGGCACAGCUGCCUAUUCAACAAAACCGAUUUCAAGAUCAAUUUGGAGGCCGAAUUAUUCCGGAAGGCUCUAUACUAAGAGAAAGUCGAAUACCACCAGAAAAGGAAGUACAGGCCUUGGGAAGGAAAAAGCCAUCUUCGAAUAGGGGAACGCAGACGGAGCCAGUAGAAGGGGAUAUAGAAACACAGACAGAGAAUCCAACGCGUCGAAUGCAGCUGGAAAUUGACACACAAACAGACCCCGUGCAAAUGAUGAGAGGAAUUCAAACCGAAGAACAAUUGCAGCCUCAAUCAAAUAUGGAAACGCAAACAGAAGCUCCAAUACAACCAGAAACAGGUAUCCAAACAGAGGACCCAAUAUGGCCUGAGAUGGGUAUCCAAACAGAAGGCCCAAUACGCUUAGAGUUUGGAAUGCAGACGGAAAGACCUGUUCAGCCAGACGUACAAAUACAGACGGAAGUAUUUAUCAACCCAGAAGCAGGAGUGCAAACAGAAAGGCCCGCUCUAGCUGAGAUGGAAAUACAAACGGAAGAGCAGCCAGAAGUAGGGAUGCAAACUGAGAGGCCUGCUCAGUUAGAAGUCAAAUUACAGACGGAAUAUCAACCUGAAAUAGGGAUGCAAACCGAAAGACCGGCUCUAGCAGAGAUGGAAAUACAGACGGAACAAUUUAUAGGACCAGAGGCCGGGAUACAGACAGAAAGGCCGGCUCAGUUAGAAGUUGAACUACAAACUGAGGAGCAACCAGAAAUUGGGAUGCAAACAGAAAGACGUACUCAGUUCGAGGUUGAGUUACAAACUGAAGAGCAGCCACAAAUUGGGAUACAAACUGAGAGACCAGUUCAAAGACAAAUGGAAAUACAAACAGAAAACUUUAGAGAACCAGAGGCGGGGAUACAGACAGAAAGGCCGGUUCAGACAGAGAUAGAGACACAAACCGAGUAUUUCAUGGAACCAGAGACAGGGGUACAGACGGACAGACCGGUCCGAACAGAAAUGGAAAUACAAACGGAAGACAUUAUUACACCAGGGAUAGGGAUACAAACCGAGGACCGAGCACCAACAGGAGAGCACAGGCAUGCAGCACACCAAACAGAUCUGGAAGACUUUCAAGCCAACAUAGAAUCACCUGCACAAAGUUCUUCAUCCUAUCGAUCAGGUGAGCAGUCAGACGCGUGGCCAGAUGUACAAAUACGAUUACGUCUAAACCAACCACAAAAUGUACGAAUAGGACCAGAGAAUAUACUAAACCCUGAUGUAUCGUCACCGGGACACCAAUCUUUGCAAGAACAAUCAGAGGCAGAUGCAAGGGACCAGUCAGAAACUAGUGCGGUGAACCAGCUAGUAAACGAGGAGAUAUAUCUAUCAGAGGUAGACGCGGCUGACCAGGAAGGGCAAAGUGCAGCAAAUCAACUUGAACCUAGCGAGAUAUAUAGAUCGGAAGCACGUAGUGCAUCCCGACUAGAGACGGGAGAAAUCUACGAGUCAGGGGUGAGCUCCCAAUUUGAGUCUCCGGAAGACCAGUUAGAAGCAAGCUCCCUAUACGAGCCAUCACAAGAGCCAUCGAGGGGAAGUUCACGAUACUCACCACCGCGAGACGAGUUGGGAGGCCCACAACAGUUAGGGCAACUAUUACGGGAACCAUUCCAACGAGAAGGACAGGAAGAUCAGCCUAAUGAGCAAGUACAAUCUGAGGUACAAAUACAAUCAGAUAUAGAUGAAGAGAAUCUAGAAUAUCAAGCGCAGGUGGAAACGAGCCCUCCUUUGAUUUUGCUUGGGACGGGCAUUCCUGAACUCGAAGCUCCGAACUUUGAUAUCAAUGGGAUUCAGAAUGCGGACUUUCGUAGUAUUAACGAUUUGAGUGCCCUUCGAAACUUUGACCCCCAAUUCCUCGACCAAGAGGAACUCCGUCGGUUGCUGGGCCCCAACAGGCCUCGAUCGGAACCAUUCAGUAUUAGAUAUGCUGCUAGCCCCCCGAAAUAUAAUUUCAAUCCUUUAGCUGAAGCCGUUCCAACAGUUGACCCCUCUGACUACCUCCUCCGAAAGUUAAGAGAGGCCGGUCUCGAACCCGGAGCAAUGAGCUCGAUCGAUUUUCCAGGAGAGUCAUUCACAGGGGACGAUUUUCGAGGCCCCCAAGAUGAUCUAGAGAAUGAAAAUGAAACGGGGGAUUCUAUAAGGCGAAGACAUCGAAUGAACCUGCCCGACCUUGGCCUUGGUACUUCGCAGGUGGAAGGGAAUAGUCGUAUAGAUCUCCAGGACCAAAGCUAA